UCGCUUGAUGCCUUUACUAUCCCCAGUCCUGCUUCUGAAGCUCCAGGAGUCGACAAGAAACCCUAGCGUUAGCCGCGAUGAUCCCAAACAAGGCCCCGACGGAAUCCGACUUGCAGGCUGCUCCACCUCCGGUGAGGGUGAGGGCUGUCGCGGCGGCCUCGCACGCCGCUAUCCAGCCUUCAUCCCCAAGCUUUUUCUUCUCCGCCGCUGCUGCCGCCAACCCCUCCGCCGGAUCUCACCGUAGGAUCGCCAUAGCCGUCGAUCUCAGCGACGAGAGCGCCUACGCCGUUAAGUGGGCCGUGCAGAACUACCUCCGCCCGGGCGAUGCAGUCAUUCUCCUCCACGUCCGCCCCACUUCGGUCCUGUACGGCGCCGACUGGGGUGCUAUCGACCUCUCCGUCUCCACUGCUGCGGACGCGGAGGAUGCUGGCUCCGAGGAGUCACAGCAGAAGCUGGAGAGUGACUUCGAUGCCUUCGCGACCACCAAGGCGGAAGAUCUCGCCCAGCCUCUUGUCGAGGCUCAUAUCCCCUUCAAGAUUCACAUCGUGAAGGACCACGACAUGAAGGAGCGGCUUUGCCUCGAGGUGGAGAGGCUUGGACUCAGCGCAGUGAUCAUGGGCAGCAGGGGCUUCGGAGCUUCAAGGAGAUCCAGCAAAGGAAGGCUUGGCAGCGUCAGCGACUACUGUGUUCACCAUUGUGUGUGCCCUGUGGUGGUGGUUCGGUAUCCCGAUGAGGGGGGUGCGACUGCAGGUGGCGUUGCGGAGGGCGGCAGUCCUAUGAAAGCUAGGAGAUCUGCAGAUAAAGACACCGAGUUGCAUCCAGUUCCAGAAGACGACGAGUACCAUGACGCCUCCAAUGAGCAUAAAGGUAAAUGAGGAUUUCUGUGCAGCUGUUGCUUGUUCAGACUUGGAAAUUCAGUGUUGAAUGGAGGUAUCCAACUGAAGAUGGAUAGGUGGAUGCUUCAUCAUGUAGUACCACUAUUGGUUUCACAUGUCAAUUAUCUUCGAAUCUAGAUGAUGUCUGGUUAUCGUUUCUAUUAAUCAAUGCCCGAUUUGUGAAAAAGCAUUCAUGCUGUUGUGUGCCUUUCCCGUUUCCACACUCCAUGCUCUUAUUCAUGAUCUUUAAGUGACAUGGACAGUACCUUAAGUUAUCACCUGAAUGUAUGCUUAGAAUUCAAUUCUGUUACCUGUUUCAUCAUGCGUUUGAUUAUGAGCUCUAGUUUGAAUCA